AGAGAAAAUGUCUAGGAAGCAACUCUCUCAUUCUCAUUACAUAUUCCAGGGCAGAUGCUUGUCACUAUAACCCAGCUUCAGGAUUCAAAUUAGGCCAUUCCUGUUCUUUCCACAAACCAGUUACCAGACAUAUCUUUUUCUUUUACCUUUCCCAGCAACUACAAGCCUUACGUAUGCAUAUCACUCAGUGCUACAGUUGGCAGGGAACUGAGCACCCCUCUUGAGCAUGCUCUUUCCUUGGCAUAGUUCCAUUGAUCCUUAUGCUGCUCAGCUGGAGUCUGGUAUGCUAGCUGUUGCUGCUGGUCUUUCUCCUGAGUUAGUCUACUCUAAUUUCCUACAAUUCUCUGGAGGAUAUUAAGUUCCAUGGCUGAUAGUCUUUGAAACAGCUAGGUGUACUGCAGGGCUUUGUAAUGCUGACAGCAACGAGCUGGCAAGCAACAUGGUUGAUCUUUACUGAAAUAAGUUCUCAGUGUGAUAAUUAAAGACCAGAGCAGAUGCUGAAGUAGCUGUCUGCCCCAUUUCUUCUCAUAUAUAUUGCCUUAAGUGAAUGAUGCAAGAAGUAGACCAAGUGCCUAAUCAUAUCCAGUCAUUUUUACUUGUGUCCCGAUUUUUUAGAUUGCCUUUCUAAUCAGUUCCCAAUGGCAAUAUCUGUAAUUCUGGCUUUUAAUGCUAAGGCCACAUUCGCUGAUAUGGCAGAGAUGGAGUAAUUUAAGAGGCUUGCCAUGUACCCAAGUCGCUCUGAACUCUUGCCAGUUUCAAAUGAUCUGGAGAAUGUUCAACUUCUAGUAAAUGUCCUUAAAACAACAAAAUAGUGCAGGCUGGUAAUAGUCUUUCUUUAAUUUAACAAUAGGACACACCCUAUUGAGAGUCAGCAUGGUGUUGUGAUUUCAGCCUUGGGCUAGGACUCCUAAGAAACCAGGAUCCAAAUCCCUGUUCAGCAAUGGAAAUCCACCCUACAUGGUGGGUGCUAUUUGACAACUGUGCGAUUUCAGUAGCUGUUCAGAUGCCUCUUCUGGGGGGUUGAAGUUCUAUGGAAUUGUGCCCAAGCUCUGCCGUUGUGCUGUGGGGAAAUGAGGAACUGCUGUCUGAGAGUGAGCUGGAUGCUUCCUUGUUUGUAAACGGUGCAACCUGGAGUUAAGCCCAGUAUAACAUCAUACUAGGAUUUUGAUCACAGAUUAUUUUUAUCAGAAGUUUAAUAAGAAACAUUUGGGGACGUUACUAUACUGGAAUAGAUUUGCAUAGUGGCAGAUGACAACUGGUAUUUUAACAAGUUUGUAAACAAAGGGGAACCUGGUAUAUGGGUCCAAAUCCCCAUAAUAUUAUGUUUCUUGAACUUUGACACUUAUUCUGUGCUUUACCCAUCUGCAUUUUCCCCAUAGGUGAUAGAUGUUACUGCACUCCAUAUGGAAGAAACUUGGGACACAAGAGAUCUGUGAAUUAAAUGACUCACUUCUAGUAAAUGUCCUUAAAACAACAAAAUAGUGCAGGCUGGAAAUAGCAUUUCUCUAAUAAAAACAAUUGGUCACACCCUAUUGAGAGUCAGUGUGAUGUAAUGAUUACUGCAUUGGAUUAGGAGUCCUAAAAGACCAGGAUUCAAAUCCCUGAUCCCACAUGCUCAGAACUGUAGUCUCACACUUCCAGCAUUCACCCAUUUGGGGAUAGUUGUGAUGUAAAAUGUUAGGAAGUUUGUAAUUAGGGAAAUUUCUUAAUUAGCUCAAAUUGCUGAGAGAGAGGGGUAACAACGCCCUCGCAAGACCGUGUCCCUUAGUGUAUACCACAGGACCAAAUAAUCCCUUAAGAGAUGAUGCGGAGAUAGGCUUCUCCAAUUAAAGUUCAAGUAUUUAUUAAAAGGGGGACACACGUACAGCAAUGAGCACACACACACACACAAGAGACUCAAUGAAAGUAAAGGUGAGAGAGUGGAAAAGAUUGCGAGGCAGAACUACGGGUGAUACUUACUUCCAAAGGCUUCUCUGAUCUCAGGUGGAUAUAUGACAGGAACAUGGAACAAGAAUUGUGAUGAUGACGGCUGUUGUGAGUGAGUGAACUCACUCGGUUGGCUUGAGUGGCUGGAUGGCUCUUUGGCUCCUUCUGCUGCUUUUGACGGAUAGAGUAUGGCUCAUGCCAAGGUUUCAAAGCAGGCCCAGUGAAUCUGUCCCUGAUGAGUUCAGUGCACCCUUGGAGCUCCGGCAGCAGCAUUUUGGCUUGGUGGAUGAUUAUGGCAUUAAACCAAGGCAUCCAAAAUUCCGGAAAUGGAAACUCCAUAAGGAAUCAGAACAACUGCACACAGCACACAAGAGCAAGCGAGAUGAGCCAAAUCUGGAAGAAUAUUAUGAUGAUGAUCUCCUUUAAUUUCUUUAAAAAGUGGCAAUCUGUCACCCCUUGGGUGGCCUUCCAUCAGCUAAUUUAAGGCAUAGCUAAAAACUGAGAUGAAGCCACAAAACAUUUAGUAGAGUAGGCAAUGAUCAAAAUCUUACUUUCAUGCCUCUUAUUUGUAUAAGCUGAGAAGCACACCACAAUUCUCUUGUGUUAUGUGCAUAUCUACUAUAAACACUGAUUUGGACAAUGAA